CUGAGCUUGGCUGCACGCUUACUGAGACGUUCAAAAAAGCGAUCGAAAUAUGUUUUUCACGUUGUUAAUAGUUCUUCUAGUUGUAAUCGGUUUGUUGGCUGUGUUGUCGAUUGCUCUGGACUCGCUGUGGAGUCCUUUAGAGUUGGUUUCGUCUUAUUUGAUGCCGUACUUCCUGCCCGCCGAGGAUCAGCCGCUGACCAAAAAGUUCGGAUCGUGGGCCGUUGUGACCGGCGGCACGGAUGGUAUCGGUAAACACUACGCCAAGGAGCUGGCACGACGCGGCCUCAACGUGGUCAUCAUCAGCAGAAACCCUGAAAAAUUGAAAGCUACGGUCACUGAAAUCGAAAAAGAAUACAACGUGAAAACCAAGAUGGUGGUGGCUGACUUCAGUAAAGGCCUUGAAGUGUACACUCAUAUCGAAGAGGAACUCAAGGACAUUCCUAUCGGUAUACUAGUGAACAAUGUUGGCGUACAGUACGAUUACCCGACGGAGCUUGGUGACCUGCCGAUGUCGAAAGCGUGGGAGAUAGUCCACGUGAAUGUCGGAGCCGUUACCAGUAUGACCCGGCUCGUGGUGAAGGAGAUGGCCAAGAGGGGAAAGGGCGCUGUGGUCAACGUGUCUUCCGGCUCCGAACUGCAGCCACUGCCGUUGAUGGCUGUGUACGCAGCUACCAAGGCUUACGUUCGGAGUUUCACACUGGCGAUUCGCGAAGAAUACGCCCCUAAAGGGAUCCACGUUCAGCACAUGUCGCCACUUUUCGUGUCAACGAAGAUGAACUCGUUCUCCCAGCGGCUUCUCGACGGAAACCUGCUGGUGCCUGAUGCUGCCACUUACGCAAAACACGCAGCGGCUACUCUCGGUCGUGUACAUGACACCACUGGGUAUUGGCUUCAUGGAAUACAGUACUUCUUCAUUAAGAUAGCACCGGUGUGGUUAAGGACAAAGAUUGGACAUAAUCUGAAUAGACAGUUUCGGGUGGAAUACGAUACAAAGAAAAAGUUAUAAGAUGAAGACUAGGAAAGUCUGAUGUACUCCGCAUUGCAGCCUAAUGAUCGGUGGAAGUUUCCUUAUAUGAUGGUGUCAACGGGAAAUGAUUGCUACUUUUAGGUGAACUAAGUAUUGAUUCGUCUGCUGAUCUAUUCUUAUGUGAUAAAUGGAAGAUAGUCGAUACGCUUUUGUGUUGUAAUUAUGUAUUUAUAAUAUUAAAACUGGUAAUCCUGGUGAUAUUAGAACAAUAGACAACUAAGUCCAAAAAUAAUGUAGACUACAAUUAUUCGAGGCUCUAAUCUAUUUUUAAUUAGGCAAAGACGAAAUAAAUAAAUACCACUUUCUCUUCUGUGAGUCAACUGAUACUCAAUUUCUUUUUUUUUCUUCAGUACAUAUUGUUAAAGUUUAUUCUUGUUAUUUUAUUGCGCCAGUUUUUUUUUUUCAAAGUGGUGUCAAUAAAGCAAAAGAGGAUACGUAAUAUAUUAAAUGAAUCUACGUACGUCUUGAACUAGUGCAUAAUUUAGUUUAAUAUAAUAAGUUACAUUAAAAUGGUCGCUUAAUAAAGAUUUUUGUGAAACGGAAAAGUAAUUUAAAUUACAAACCAAUUAAUUGUUGUUGUCUUGUUUAUUGGUAGGUGUGUCUAAUAAUUAUAUAAAAAACUUUUUCAUAGCUAUAAUUGUAUCAAACACCUAUGACGUCAAAUAUAUCCAAUUACUCCAGUUCCAACAUAGGCCUAUUUUACAUGUGUAACCGUUGCUAAUUUUAUUAUCUCUGUUAAUCAAAUUUUAAAAAUUAAACUUUCGUGAU